AAAGUGUUUUUUGAAAAGUAUAAAAGUAAAGUUAUCCGAGUUUUAAGACACUUUUUUGACUAUUUAGUACAAAGAUUUUAAAGAUUUAAAAAAUGUUGUUUUUCGCCGUAACAUUCUUGAUGGUAGCAUCAACACUGGGUCAAAUUCCAGUUGAUAAAUGCCCAGAAGUGUCUGUUGAACAAAACUUCAACGCUGCUGCAUAUUUGGGUAAAUGGUAUGAACAACAAAAGUAUCCAAUCAUCUGGGAACUUGGAGCAAAGUGUGUUACUGCCAACUACUCUUUAAACAGCGAUGGUACAGUUAAAGUAUACAAUCAACAAAUAAAUAUAUUGGGACAAAAAGAGGAUAUAACAGGAGAAGCAAGACUUGAUUCUGAUAAAGGAGAAGCUAAAUUGUUGGUUACAUUCCAUAAUCCAGAGGUUACAGCUCCUUACUGGGUUCUUAGUACCGACUAUGAAAAUUAUGCUGUGGUGCUUUCGUGUGAUACAGUUUUGGGUAUAACUGGAGAAACCGUCUGGAUCCUCACCAGAGCUCAGAAUCCAUCACAAGAUAUUAUAGAUGCAGCUCUCGACGUAGUCAAGAAGAAUAAUCUUUCCGAAAGUUUACUAAUUAAAACAGACCAAGAAACUUGCAACUAAAUAAUGUCUCUAUUUUUAGAGGGAUUUUAAAUAAAUAAAUAUAUAAUUUUACUUUA